AAGGAGAAUGUCUCAGGACUUCUGCUUGUCUUCUACAACCUUGACCCCAACUAUUCCUUGGCCCCGUCAUGUCUCUCCAGCCAUUCAUAACUUUGUAUCGGUAUGCUCUUGAACCCAUAGCACCUUUCAGCUGGUUUGGUAUCAACGUCUGCUCCAUCGAAUUGGUGGCCGCCUUGCGGCUUUGCACCAUCCUGAGACAGACCAAGGAAGAUCUAUAUGCCAAGCAUCAACGCCGCUCUGGCGAUAAAUCCGCACCUGUGGAGGAGAGAUCCUUCCUAAGAGACGCAUGUACCUCGCUCACGAUCAAAUUUGGAGGAGAGGCCAUCAUAGGCACUCUGCUCGCUGUUCCCCCAUCUUUCAUGCUCUCAGGUGUUUCCCCCGGUGUGUACAUUGCCGCACAGGCGAUCGUAGAAUAUAUCCCUGUUAUACCGUCCAUGUCACUCAGCACUGAGCUUCCGUUGUCUAUCGUCGACGGAUUCACGCGCGCGUUGCUUCUAUGCAGCCUCAUACCCAAACCUGUUAUCACCCACGCAUCCCCUGUUAUCGCAUCUUCUCCGUGGACUCUUUUGCUAUCCUCUCUCGUCAUCGCCAAUGGAGGCUUCUUCAUAACCAGCAUGUUCUCAUUCCUCGAGCCUACCCCGCUCACACUUACGACUCCCGCCGCGAUCAAGCCCUACGGCUGGACAGCCACGGACCUGUGGUGUGCGCCGUUCAUCACGGGGCUCUAUGCCCUCCUCACGCACUCUCAGCCGUUCUGGGCCGAACUCCACAGCGUUAUCUCGACCGUCCUCGGAAACACUGGCGAUAAAGUCGGUCCUAUGGACCCAGAGGCCGCCCGUGCGCUAUGCGCGCUAAUUCUUGCGGGAAUGUUCUCCACCCGGACUGCGAAGAACUAUGGGCUUGUUUGGAAGAGGAGUAAGUUAUCUUAUUCUGGAUCGGUGGUCGGCGCUGAUGGCUUUUGAACUCGUGUGCAGGUGUCGCUGAGAAGAUCAAGAUACAGUGAAUACCCGAAGUGAUAUAGGUUUAUAAACGCUGAAGAUGUAAAUGUGCGAAAUUUAUGAAUGAAAUUUAUUCGCUCUGCCACUGCCACUGUACCUGGAUGGAGAGCUAUACUUGUGACCUCCUGCAAGUGAGCCUAGAUAUGUUCGACAACUAUGCCGAACACUCGACUUGGGUUUUGUGGAGAUGAGUACAGUUGCAAGGCGAGGGAUCUACACAUCAUGAUACAAUUCUUUCUAUGACAUUAGUUCUCCAGGCUUGUUCUAAUCUGUAAUCUCGGAGUCUGCAAAUC